AGAAGAUCGCCGGUGAGGUAUCCGCUCUCGUUAACCACAUAUACGAUAUAUCUCAGGGCAAUGCAAACGCCAGAAAACAACGACAGUCAGCUUAUUUUGGUGCAGCAGAAUUUAAGAACGCUGCCGGAGGAAUUAAUUAAGAUCCAUGCUGAUCAUGUAGAGCACUUGGAUCUCAGCCACAACUGCCUGAAGGAUUUGUCUUGGCUGGCGGAAUUUGAGCAACUGCGUCAUUUGGUCCUGGACAGCAAUAGAAUGCAUGAGGCUCAUCUGAGAACUUUGACACGCCCACUGCCCCAAUUGGAAAUACUAAUGCUGAACAAAAAUGAGUUCAGUGACCUGCCAACGACAAUGCGGCUGAUCAGACGGUUCUUUCCGAACCUGCAAUAUCUGAGCCUCCAUGGCAAUCCGAUUUGCCCAGAUGGUUUGGAACUGCAGCCCUUCUCCAGUUACCUGCGCUACGACUAUCAGUACUACAGCAAUUACAUUGCACAGUCGCUGAGCAAACUGAAAUUCCUGGAUCACGGGAUGGUUCAACGCACCUACCAGUACGAAAGUUUUCCACUCAAAAAUUAUGCCGGAAAACCACUGAUCCAAACUACGAGUUUUUGAAAAGAAAACAUCGUAAAAGUGAACUAUAAACCGAAAAUUUAUAAUUUAGGAAAAACAAGUCAGGUUAUUUA